AUGCCAAACGUGCGCUGGUCUCUUUCCGCCCCUCCCCGGAACCCCCACUCCCCCCUCCCCUUCUUCCCCCACCCGCCCCCCUUCUUCCCCCUCCCUCGCCCCUUCGUACCAUCCGCAGGUCGCGUGGGCGCCUGGGUCUCUAACUGCACGACGGACAUCGGAGCGACUCGCGGCAAGUUCCUGCUCGCCGUCUUUAAGGACGAGUCGUCGGGCACGCCCGUCUACAACCUCUAUUUCGACGCGGAUCUUGACGAGUACAGCGGAACCGCGCCCGACACGAUCAACAUCGUGCAAGGCGCGGCGUGUGACUCCACCGCCACCGCCGCCCUCACUCUGCCGUCCACCGGCUGGACCACACAGACGCGCGGCGGGCGCGGCGGCUCGCACACGGAGCUGCGCGUGACGGGCACCGUGGAAGGCGCCGACGCGACGGUCGUCGAGGCGCUUCUCGCGGGCGUGCCGAACGCGACGGUGACGCAGAACGUGUUCACCAAGGUGAUCAACGGCGCGAAGCAGGGCUUCCAGAACGCCUUCGGCGGACGCCGCCGCGGGCGCGAGCUCGCGGGGAACAGCGCGGGGAAGCUGACGCAGCAGUUCCUGAAGCGCCAGCGCCAGCGCCUCGCGUGGAUGGGCGCGAAGACCAAGGCGCUGUUCGCGACGUUCAUCGGGACCACCGACACCACGACUGAUUCGCCGUACGCUGUCAUUUUUACCGACAGCACGACCGGCAACUCCUGGAGCGCCGCGCUCACUGGGAACUUCGGCAAGUGUGGCGGUCGUGGCGGGCGUGGUGGCAACGGGCCUGACGGUGACAGCGAUGGUCCUGGAGAGAAAUGGAGAUUGGGGAUUGGUGCUGAGGAGUGGGAGACGGUGGGGAAAGAUGGUGGGGAGUGGGAGAUGGUGGGGAAAGAUAGUGAAGAAGUGGGAGAUGGCGAGAAGUGA